CGUGUGUGUGUGUGUGUGUGUGUGUGUGUGUGUGUGACAGAGAGAGAGUGGGAGCUCCGCGCGCUCUACUCGCUCCAUAAGCCUGUUGAGGCAGCGGCAGUAGUAGCAGCUCGUGCGCACGGUGCGCUCUCGGACGCACGGACUUUUUUUCCACACGGAUAAAGGAUAAAAAGGCGCUCGGGAUAAAACACGCAGGAAUAACACGCGCACACACGUCACCGGAUCUUUCCUUCACGAGCUCCUUCAUGUCGGGACUGCUGCACUCCCCCCACCGAUGCUAUGGUUACCUUCAUUACGAUCUUACAGGUGAAUCUAGUGAUGUCCAUCCUGCUGUACGUGAUGUUCCUCGCAUACCUCUACGGCAUCUCGGCCACCAUGGCCAACAACAGGCAGCGGCCCACGCAGGACCCCAUCAACACGCUGAUAUUAAAGCUUCUGCAGGCUGACAUCGUCCGUGCUCGCCAGCGGCAAGAUGAGGGGCCUCCAGAGGCGGCGCUGCCCACCGCUCCUUCGGAGACAGAGUACCCGCAGAGACCCACGGCCAAGAAGCCCGUCGCCGAUGAGCUUCUCCGCCAGCACAAGCGCUACAGCUCACCUCGCGUGCUACUGAGCGAGCGGCCGCCCCUGCAGCCCCCGCCUCUUUACCUCACCGACGACUUCGUGGGCAGCGCAGAGGGCGGCAACAAAACGCGGCAGAAGCGCUACGCCGGGCACAAGAGCUACCGAGGAGAGUUCUCAGUGUGCGAGAGUGAGAGUCGCUGGGUGACGGACAAGAGGUCUGCAGUGGACACGCACGGCUUUGACGUCUCAGUGCUUACUGAAAUCAAAACCAUCAAGUCGACGGUGAAGCAGUACUUUUACGAGACGAGCUGCAAGCACAACAGGCCCUUCAAGAGUGGCUGCCAGGGCAUCGACGACAAGCACUGGAACUCACAGUGCAAAACGUCGCAGACGUUCGUACGCGCCCUCACCGAGUACGAAAACAUGCAGCGCUGGCGCUGGAUACGGAUAGACACCGCAUGCGUCUGCGCACUUUCGCGCAAACGACGCAGGACGUAAAAUAAAUAAAACAACAAAAAAAAACAUGAGAAAAGAACAGGUGCGAAAUCCUGUAUCCUGUACUGCAUAAAUACUCAGUACUCCUUUUGUCUUUCUAUUGUACCCUGAAGAAGAGGGCGCUGUACAUAUAUAAAUAUAAAUUAUUAUUUAAGUUAUAAAGUAUAAAAGUUGUCCACACAUGUCUAUAUGAUAAAGAUAUUUGUGUUAUUUAUUGAAGUCAUUAUCAAAGCAAACUCUAACAAAGACACAAACGAGAGAAAGACAGAGAGAGAGAGACACGAUUGACAAAAACUUACAUUGAAACAUGCGAUGCCAUUAAGCUACCGGAUUACAGCGUUACAUGGCGAAACAAUGUGCCUUGCUCAAGCUUCUUUACACACACACACACACACAGUCAAACACAGGACAUAUCACACUCCUUUCACUUCUUACCAUCAGGAUCCUGGGAUCAGCUGCAGCAACUGACGACCAAAUACUCAGGAUACAUCUGAAGCUAGAUAUGUAUCCUCAUUACCACAGUAUUGCUCAAUAGAAGAAGAUGCUUUCAGUGAUACUGUGCUCGUGUCAGUAUCGCUACCAUGUCUGGGGAAAAAAAGCAGAAUUCACAGCAGAGGUGUUGUCAUUUGCUUUGAAGACGUAUAUGUAUAUCACAGAAAUGCAUGGAAUAACUAAGAAAUAUAUAUUUUUAUAUCACUCCUCUACUUGUGCACAAUGAGAACACGAUGCAUGUGGGUAAAUGGGCUAUAAUGAAUAACUCAGUCCACAGCAACACCAGAAGCUAUAAUAAUACAAUGAUAUUAAUAAUAAUAAUAAUAUAAUAAACAACAGGAGAUCUCAGUUUUAUCACUGGACAUUACUCAGAUAGCAGACCUGAUUCUGGCUUAAAUAUUUCAGCGUUAGCUUUCUCUUACGUGUCACUUAUUGCAAUGGAAAGUGUACAGCCGGCCAAAAGUGAGAAAACAGAUGAGGUAUGUCAUGACGUACAAUUGGAUUGUGGGACAUGUGGUUCAAUUGCAUUCUACCAUCACAGCAUUCCUGUUGUGGCCAAAACAGUCAUACCAAAUGGAUGCAAACUAUGUGUAGCAAUCCAUCAAACGAACGCAAACGCAUAGUUAACAGCAAGAAUAUCUGUAGCCAAAUGUUGCAUUUUUUACAUCCCAGCAAAACGAAGUGCUUACCUACAUGAGUGGACACCACUUUUAAACUGUCCAGGCAUAAUUCUUCUUAUAUUGUUCCUAAAUCUGACAGAAAAUACUGAAUAUUGGCUGUGUCUAAAAUGUGAUAAUACUGCCUGUCUAGACGGGGUUCUAAAGAAAAGUGGCACCCAAAGUUUGGUAAUCAAAUCGUAUAUUAUGUUUGGCCGAAAAUUCUAACAGCUAAUGAUGGUGCAGCUUAAUGCUCAGAUCAUAUACACAGUAGGAUUAAUCUAACCAACAUGAUCAUGAUGGGUGAAAUGGGAAAUGUUGGUUCCAGUUGGUCUCUGAGUGGGUUGGCACAAGUGUUGUAACUGGGAUCCAGUUGAGCUUCACUUAAUCUUACAUGGGCCCUAUCAAGUAGAACCCAGUUGGGACUCAUGUUUAACCCCUACUGAUAUCUAUACAGUAUGUGGGGCCAACAUGGAACCUGUGGACAAAGCCUUCUGAUUUCCAGUUGGGCUUCUUUAACAGGAACCACAAAGGCAUUUAUUGGUAUUCAUUACAUCAUCCACCCUAUUUUAACUUUAUUCACUGUUUAAUGUUAGAGUACAUCAUCUUACUAACAUUAAAUUAGCACCAAGUGCUUGCUGGUU